CCUCCAACACCAGCAAAAACGCAGACCACCAGGCCCUCAGUGAGAGAAAUGACUCCAGGAUAAUGACCCUGUCUGUCAUCUUUGGUGUUCUUAUUUCCAGAGAAAAACAUCAGGAGGAAGGUGUGACAACAGCGUUACAGAGUGGCCACAUCCUAUUGAAUGACUUUAAAAGCAAUAAUUUAAAUUCUGAUGUGGAUUUUUUUUAAAUAAAACAUCAGUAACAACUUGUUUAGUAAGUUUUGUGUUGAAGGUUUCAAUCUGAGAUUUUUCCCCCUGCAACUGCGGCAGCUUUAAACCCAACAACCCCGCCCCUCGGCACUAUCACAUGAAUCUGGACUCAACUCUGGAUGUGAAAAAAGUUUGGAGGUCUCGCUGAAAUCUCGUCUCUUCAAGCGGAUUUACACAUGUGUGCCUUUUGCUACGAGGGACUUUUGCAUCGGGUCUCAAGAGUUGUUCCUCGGCUGUGAUUCCUCCUGUUUGUUGUUCCCUCUGCAGGACUACAGAGUUAGAGAGAAAGAGGAGGGGGGGGACGGUCUGGCUGCUUGAAGAUUUGUUGCGACACCAAAAACUUUGUGCGACAUGGACGCGCACCGCGGCGGCGCGCCUCCAGCCGGGCAGCAGAUCGUGCACGUGCGCGGGGACUCGCAGACGGAGCUCGAGGCUCUAUUCAGCGCCGUGAUCAACCCAAGCAAGUCCGCCAGACAGCCCGCCUCUCUGCCCAUGAGGAUGAGGAAGCUGCCGGACUCCUUCUUCAGACAGCCGGACUCCCGGGGACACUCCAGACAAGCCAGUUCAGACGGAGGUGUGUGCGGCUCACUCACUCCUCAUCACGUCCGCGCCCAUUCCUCCCCUGCUUCCCUCCCGGUUAACUCCCUCUCCACUCAAGCAGCUGAUGUAGCAGCAACACCGAUCAUACCUGACGAUGUGCCACUCCCCCAUGGCUGGGAAAUGGCUAAAACGCCUACCGGCCAACGGUACUUCCUCAAUCACGUGGACAAGACAACUACCUGGCACGACCCCCGGCUCUCACAGCUUCAGUCGGCUGCAGCUCAGCAUCAGAUCUCUGCUGCUCCUGUUCACGCCCACUCCCUCAGCAACCCAGCACCUACUUCGCAACCACAAAGCAUCAGUCAAGACCCAGGUCCACUGCCUGAAGGCUGGGAGCAGGCUGUGACCGCAGAUGGAGAGGUGUACUACAUCGAUCACAUAAAUAAGAACACCACAUGGGUCGACCCACGUCUAGCCCCGAAAAUGAACCCGGGCCUUCUUGGUUUGGCACUGCAGCAGAGGCAGGAAAAAGACAGGCUGAGAUGUAAACAAGGCCUUGCUCCACAAAUCACACCACAGGAGGCUGGAGGAAGGAACCAGAUGCCUGGUGGGAUGGACCACGACAGGAAUGCACAGGCACUUGUCCCACCUCUGGAUGUGAGGAUCAGAGCCCCAAACCAUGAACCCACUCUUAAUGGUGCUCACUCUCGCAAUGAGAGCACCGACAGCGGUCUGAGCGUCAGCAGCUUACCUCGCACAUCCGAUCACAUGUUGAGUUCCGUGGAUCACAUGGACACCGGCGACUCCGGCGAUACCUCCUCAAUGACCCUACAGGAGUCGAUGCCAGUGCUGCCGAUGUCUGAGAGCGAGGAGUUGAUGCCCUGCAUCCCUGAGGGUCUUAGUUCAGACCUUCUGAUGGACAUGGAGACCGUUUUCUCUGGGUCACACGUGGACAGAGACAGCCUGCUCACCUGGCUAUAGACACCAACCAACAAACACCUAAAUAUGGUUUGACAUCAGAUUUUCAAAACGUGACUUCAGAUGUGGUACAGACCAGCAUUACUAAGAGAAAAUGCAACUGUUGUGAGAUGGGAAGCUAACAAGACUGCUCACAACCGACGAAUGAAACCUGGCACACAGAUGGUGGUAAGCUGCUGGUGUUUUCUUCUCUUCAGCCUGUUUUUGCAGAUAUGCAAGAUGGAGCUUCUCUUUGUAUGACACUCCUUUCUAGUAGUUCACCUCAGUUAAUGCGCAAUGUAUGCCUUGUAAAAUGCUUCUUAUUUAGAGUGCAGAUUUUUUUUUAUCCUCAUAUGGGUAAUAUUGUUUGCUGCAAACUUAAAACACAUGUUAGGUCAAGGACAAUUUUGCAAAAAAAGUUUUUAAAAAGCACACAAACCUUGCUCACAAAAUGCUUUAAAGUAACAGAAACAAGUAUCCACUCCAGCAGCUCAGCAGCUUGUGACUUCACUGCACAGUCACAGAAACAUCUAGACUGACACUAAAUGAAAUAAAUGAUCUGAUUACACUACAUUGCACCACACUAAAUCUCUACUCUCACACUACUAUUGCCCCAGACGGAGUGGGUGUAUCUGGUGGAACUCACUGCAAAAUUUAAAUCUCUCACAAAUGUAUUUGUCAUAUUUCUGUUUAAAAUGACCUCAUUUCCUGUGGAAACUGACCCAGCUUCCAUUUACUGGGAAUGCUGGCUCAGCAUUCACAGCAUAUGUUCUACUUGUGGCGCGCUUCUUCUACCAAAUUCAACUGAUGAUGAUAGCAGUUAUGGUCCUCACACAGUGACAGAAGUUUGAGAUGGUCUCUUUUGCUGAUAUUUUAAUACCAGCUGUCCCCCAGCAGGUGGAAGAGGGGUCUGUCUGCAGACCAUAGCUCUGUUGGAUCUGGAAUGGAAACAUGAUAAUAAAAUCAGAUUAAAUUUAGGGUGUGGGUUAAGGUAACAGUCAAAAAAAAAAAAAAAAAAAGAAAUUAAAAGUUAAAAAUCUGACCUUCAAAACCUGAUUACCAAACAUCUACUAAGUGAACAUUACUAAGCCAAAUAAACAGUCUGCUCCAGUUAAAAGGUCUUCCUUCCUAACACGUUCUAACAUGGCAAAUGUAGCCUAUUUAGCUCCUUCAGCUGCAUAAGCUACAUCAAUAACGGCGCAACAUAGCUAGCGUAGCUAAAGCCCAUGAACCUCAUGGAUACCUAUACCAACAAGGCUACGAAGCUAACAUUAGCUACAAAACUAUAUAGCUAAUUUAGCUAUGUAGCUUAUGUAGCUGCAUUAGCAUUAGCUAUGUUUCCAAAGCUCACAUUGCUGAAGCCAACUUACCCACAUUGGCUUACAUAGUAGUGUUAACUAUAUAGCUAGCAUAGCUUUGCUAGUGUUGCUGAAGUAAACAAAGCCAAAAUGAGGCAUCAGUAGCGAAUCUACUUCUAAAAUGUGUCUAUACAUAAAUUACCCCAGGUUAGACCCCUGACCUAACUGUUUUAUUUACAAAAUAUUGCUUAGUCUGUAAUGUUUGCAAUGUGGCGAAUUCAUGAAUGCAACUGUCAGACUUUGUUGAUGAGUGAGAUUGAAUUCUAAAGAAUCUAAAACUGGAAAUAUGUUGUACAAGCAAAUUAGGGCACUUCUGUUCUGACAGAGAUGCUGUCUCACAGUAAUGGUCUGUGAGAGGGGACGUUUAAGAUCUACGGUCUGCAGCCAGACUGUUUUGUGGGGCAGGUGAGGGGUGGGGUGGAGUUCUGUGUUUGAGGGGCAGAGAACAAUCGUGGUCCAUCUCUAGUAAGCAGCACCAAACAUGAAUGUGACCUGCUACAUAAGGCGGCUGUCAUGGUUCUGUUAUGACAGACACUUUAACAAGAAAUGCUCUGUUACAAUUAUAAGCUUAAGAACUUCUCUGGCUUUUAAAACUGUUGGACAUACUUGAGGUAAUCAAAGACCUCAACUAAAACACACAUAUAACAUAGUAGCAUACAUUUUUGGAAUAAGUGUAGACAUGUCAGUGCAGGUAUUCUACAUAUUUAAUCUGUAAGUGCCUUGAAAUUUAUACAUCAUCGCAAACAAAUUAACCCUAAUCUUUAGCUCAUUAUAUCUUGAAACAAGAUGUUUAUCUGGACUUACUAUGUAAAUAUGGCAUAUAAUGAGACAUUUGGCUAGAAAUUAGACAAAUAUGUGCUGAGAUUUGACUUUUUGCAGUGCUGUAGAGGGCUGACAAACACUAAAGUGAGUCAUGCUCAGUGGUGGACAAAGUGUACUACUUCAGAGUUAAAGUACUGUACUUAUUUUUAAAACACUAAAGUAUUCAAUGUUGUUGUUUUUUAAAAUCUCAAAAUAUUGUUGUAUUUCCACCACACAUGAGUGUAGUCCAUAAUACAUGGAUGCCCAAUCUAAGCUCAGCUGUAACAUUGAAUAACUUGCUCAUCUUUUGCUCUUCAAACAUACAGAUACAUCAGCACCACUUAGACCUACUCCACACAGAGCUGCACAGACACAGUUUGUUGUAAUCCAGUUCAGAUUUUGGUCAAGAAAAGAACGCUCACCAGCUGCCUUCAGAGUAACAGUAGAGAGCAAUGAGAAUGUUCAGAGAAAUGUAGUGGGGUCAAAAGUAUAAUAUUAGUACAUCUAGUUCUUAACUGUCCACCACUGGCCAUGCUUACUCUGGAACAGGAAUAUUUUACAUUUCUCACAAGACAAGAAAAGAGCAUAAACACACCUUGUUGAUGUUGUCAGAGCUAUCAUGUUUGCUGUUUUAUGAAUUAAACUAAAGAGGAUUAACUUUAUCUUUAGUCUAUAAAAUUAAAACCUCUAAUUUUAAAAUAAUACAACGGCUACGGUGUAAAGUGCUCUUAUUAAUUUUGACACUAAAACCUCAGUAAAAUCUACUUUUAAUGACCUGUUUUUUCAGCGAUCAGUACUGGAAUAAACAGAGGGUUGCUACUGUAAAUAAUCACGUUUAGUAACAUGCUCUCCAACACAAUACAGGACUUCCCCCAAGAAACUCUGACCUUGACACAUCUGGUCCUACGCCAGCCACACUACAAACCAUGGGUGAAUGUAAUAUCAACUUAUUUCCUUUAAAAUUAAAGUGUUGUAUCAUAAAAGUUUAUUUUUGAUCAUAAUAUAACAUUUAUUAUGAGGUAUUUGAGUGUGUUGAUCCACUCCUGCAUUGAUUAUAAGCUUCACAGGGGUAGUGUGCAGGUUGCUUUAUAUUGUACAGCUUUUAUUACAUUAUAUGUGGCAGAGGCCAGGCCCUUGUGUUUUCUCUCUUUGUUAUGCAUUGAAGAUUUUAGUGUUCUGUACUCCUCAGUGUUAAAACAGCUUUCAGCACUCAUAGAUGGUGGUUGUAUGUCUUGAAAGUUCAGUGGUAGGUCAAAAAGAAAUGUUUUCUGUGAUGGUGUGAUUUGUGGAAAUGUCAUAACCAAGGGAUGAACAUGAGGCCCCUGAUCUUGUCCUUUAAACGCCAAAAUUUACAUUUACAUUUACGAUUGAUGAGUCAGAGUGAACAUUAGUGCAGGUGAAAAUCCCUCGAAGCAUUCUCCAGAUGUCACCUUCACAAUAAUGUCCCGGCUGGAUGGACUGAUGGACAGACAACCCAAAGAUGUAAUGCCUCUGGCCUCGGCUAUCUCUGGCAUGGAGGCAUAAAAAUGUUUCAUUAACCAGCCAGAAACUUUGAGUUUAAGCAGUUUAUUUCCUUUUCAUUAGCUCAUUGUCGACAUUUCUGAUCAUCUUCUUUAUCUAGUUACUUGGUUAACAGACUUGACAGUUUAUAACUUUAAUCUCUAAAUCAGCAAAUCAUCUUCACUUGAUACUUUGGGAUUUUGAAUGCAUGCAGUAUGUAUUUAGAUUUGGACAUUUACUUCUCUCACCCCUUUAGGCAUCUGUUUUCCCCUGCUUAUUUUCUUAAGUCACUUAACAAGCCCUUGAAACACAUUUAUCAGUAACAUGAUUGAUAAAUCACUAUAAAUCUAUAGAUGCAGUGCAUACAAAACCAAAUCUUUAUCCAUUUUAAUCAAAAGUUGUAAUUCAAAAAAUACAAUUUUUACAAUUUUAUUAUGAUUGAAUAUACACUUUUUUUAACCCACUAAUGCAGUGUUUCCUAACAUUUUGACAGCCCCUCAUCCAUUCCUAUGCACAUAUGAUCAGAAAUCAACAGGUUCUUUGCAGAAGAUGAGAACUCUCCUUGGGGGCAAGAAGAAGAAACGCUACCAAAAGGCAAUGUUUUGAACCAUUUACAACAAUGUCAAGCAUUCAAAGUGCAUAAAUUAAAACUUUUUUCAAUUCUGAAGCUCCUGUUGUGUCUCAAAAGUAGGGAAAUUUUUAGGUUACAAAAAGCUUUGAAAGACUCAAGGUUUUGUUGUGGUUAAGCACAUGAAACUCUGAUUUUACCCUUGUUUCUUCAGCUGAAGUCUACCUAGGCGUGAUUGUUGUGACGGGAAAUCUGUCUCUUUUAAGAGAUCCAGAUCGUUUGGCUCUGCUCAGUAGUGGUUAGUGGCAUCCAAUUGGAUCUUCAUUUGUUUACAGUCUGGCUUUUUAAAUGUGGAUUAAAUAACAACAAAAGAUGGAAGAAAGGAAACUGGCACACUCUCACAAAAUUCUCCAGACUUUGGUAGCAGUGCAAAAUGUUAGGCACUGGUUUUAUUUAGCCUUCGUCAUAACCUCAAGCCCACAUUUAGGAAUCACUGCUCUAGUGGAUGAAAAAAAGUUGAGAUACUCUUUUAAAAUCAAGACAACAGAUUCUGGUUCAGUGUAUUUUAAACUGAUUUAAACCCCUUUAACUCACACCCUGCUACUUCUUUAUAUUUAUGAAUAACACAGAUUUUAAAACUUAUUUCAAAUUCAGUCUAAAUAAAUAAAAACACAGUAAUUCAAAGUCCUGCUUAUAGAUGAGGAUAUGUAUAGGUACAUGCAUUGAUGCUGAGAAUUUCUGAUUUGUCCAUGUCUAAACAAGUGGUCCUCAACUGUUUUGGCCUUCCUUAAUUUGAAAUCCAGGCCUACAUAUGCAGAAAUGUAAAUAACUCAGGUGUUCUCCAUGAGAAGUGCAGUUUGGACCAUGUUUGGAAAAAGGGUAAGAGACUGAAUAAACACAUUUAAAAAGUGCAUCAUUACAAAAGCCCUAAGUGGACAUGCAUGCAUACAUUUUAUUUUACUCCAUUUCCCAUGAUAACAUGUACAUUUUAUUUCUUUGAUAGAGAUGUUGAGAAACUAACAUGUUAACUUGGAAAAACAGGAUAAAUGAGUGGAGAUCUUAAGAAAAAAGAUGUACCUAUUGUCCUGGCAAAAUAAAGUAAAAUUAUACUGAUGUAUGUAUGCUCCAGGCUCCCAUACACCAGAGACUCUUUGCUACAAUAUUUUUUUCCAGGCACACAUUCGCGACCCUCUCUCACUUGACUCACCAGUUGAGAUCCACAGGUCUAUGCGGAGUAAAAGCAUACUUCUGAUUGCAAUAAAGAUAAAAAGCUGCCUUUCACUAUGCUUUUACUGCUUGACACAAGUUUUCCUCUCUUUAGGAGCAUGUUAAUAAGUUCAGUAGAAGUAAAGUCAUGCUUCAAAAGGCAAUGGUGUAAUUCAGAAGCUGUUUCCUCAGUAUUUUUUGCUCUAACUGCAAGUUUUCUGUGGUGCUGUAAUACAGAAGCAAUCGUUAAUCAGAGGAGCCUUUAAAUUCUCCUCCAUUAGUUAAACUUUAUAAUAAGUAUAUAAUCUGUUGUUUUUUUAAUCUGCCGGGUUGUUUCUACUGUGUGUGUGUGUUUAUAAUAUCUAUGAAUUUGAAGCUGUUGAUGAUUGGUGAGAGCAAUUUUUCUAACCAGCUUUCUUUUUUAUAAACAGUUUAUAAAAAUGAAGACUUUAUUCACAGUAAACAGCCCAGUCAUUUAAUCGUUUCUAAAUGAAAGUAUGACGAGCUUGGAGUGACUUAUUGUUCAAACAUAAUGCAAAACACUACCUAGCCUCUUUAUUUAUCUUAGCAUGCAUGACACCUGCUAUGUAUGUUACAUAUUAAAAUGUUUAUUAUCUUAUCUACAGUGAGUUUGGAGGCAAUCAGACUUGUUUUGUACUGUUUUAUGCAUGUGCUUUAUAUAAAUACAUUCUUAUUUCUCUCACUGUAAUCAUUUUAAAGGAGUUUGUGUUGAAUAAACCUUUAAAUGCACCUCAGUGUGAUGUGAUUGGAGUUAAUUGCCCUUAUAAUUAAACUUUCAUGUAAUUAUGGCUCUAAUACUACUUACUGUAAUCUCUUUGAAUAAAACAAUGAAUAAA